GCCCGGGAGGGCCGGGCCAGCCCCGGCACGGCCCCGCUCGCCAUGGGCUCCCGCUUGUCCCUGGACGACUCCGUGCGGGUCCUGGUGGUCGGGGGCGGCUUCGGAGGGACGGCAGCCGCCAGCCUGCUCAAGUCCUGGGCCGUCCCUUUCGUGCUGGUGGACGUGAGAGAUGCUUUCCAUCACAACGUGGGCGCCCUCCGGGCCGCCGUGGAGAGCGGAUUUGCCAAGAAGACUUUCAUCUCCUACUCAGCCACUUUUGGGGACAGCUUCCGACAAGGCAAGGUCGUGGACAUAGACCCUGGGAGGCAACGAGUUGUGCUCAGUGAUGGUGAGGAGUUUCACUACUCCCACCUCAUUCUUGCAACAGGCAGUGAUGGGCCAUUCCCUGGGAAGUUCAACCAAGUCAUUGACAUGGAAAGAGCCAUCCAGACCUAUGAAGACAUGGUCAAAGAGAUUGAGAAAUCUCAGCGCAUCCUGGUAGUGGGAGGUGGUGCUGCUGGAGUGGAGAUGGCUGCCGAGAUCAAAACAGAGUACCCGGACAAAGAGGUCAUCCUCAUUCACUCAAAAACUGCACUGGCUGACGUGGAGCUGCUAGCCAGUGUCCGUCAGGAGGUGAAAGAGAUCCUCCUCAGGAAAGGAGUCCAGCUGCUGUUAAGUGAAAAGGUCAGUGACGUGGAAAACCUCAGGCCAAACCAGUUCCAGAAAGACAUGGUAGUAAGGACAGAGAAGGGCACCGAGGUGGUUGUUGACAUGGUGGUGCUGUGCACAGGGAUAAAGAUCAACUCCUCUGCAUAUGCUGCUGCAUUUGGUGACAAAAUGGCAAGCAAUGGUGCUUUGAGAGUUAACAAGCACCUCCAGCUGGAAGGCUACGAGAACAUCUAUGCCAUUGGGGACUGUGCAGAUAUCAAAGAGCCCAAGAUGGCCUACCAUGCUGGGCUCCAUGCCAACAUUGUGGUGACAAAUAUCAUCAACAGCCUGACACAGAAGCCUCUCAAAACCUAUGAGCCAGGGUCACUAACAUUCCUGCUUUCCAUGGGCAGGAAUGAUGGUGUAGGCCAGGUGAGUGGUUACUAUGUGGGACGUCUCCUGGUGACCCUUGCCAAGAGCCGGGAUCUGUUCGUCUCCAAGAGCUGGAAGACGAUGGGACAGACAAUGCCCUCUUAAGAGGGCACAGAUCUGGCAUCUGCUCUGCAGCUUGCAGGAAGAAUGGCUUGUAGUGCUGCCAGGGUAAUGCCUGUCUAAAACCUGGAAGUGGAUAUGGAAGACCUGGAAUUCAACAGAAUAUAAUGCAGCUUUGUGUCAAAAUCUCCUCAGCAGCUUUAAUUACGUCACUUACAGCACCAAACUUCAGCCAGAAAAUAUACUGGUUGUGAUACAGCAAGCACUUAA